CAGUUAUCACACUCCCACUGUUAUCUGUUUAAAAUCCCAAGAUCUCUUCCCGAUCCAUUCGGCAUAAAAACAGGUUUGCUGCAAAGUUCUGAAAUUAUUGAUUGGUAGUUCUUUCAUUUCUUCAUCUGUUGAAUGUAAGUUUUGUUCUUAGAAGAAAGAUGGGUUUCGCGAGGAAAGAGUACGAGUUUUUGAAGGAGCUGGGUUUGGGUCCUCACAAUCCUGGCUCUUACGUUAACGGGAAGUGGAAAGGGAGCGGUCAAGUGGUAUCCUCUGUCAAUCCAGCGAACAAUCAGAGCAUUGCUGAAGUAGUGGAAGCAUCCAUUCAAGAUUAUGAUGGGGGUCUGCAAGCUUGUAGUGAAGCAGCAAAGAUUUGGAUGCAAGUUCCUGCACCAAAAAGAGGUGAUAUUGUUAGACAGAUAGGUGAAGCAUUAAGAACGAGGUUGCAACAUCUUGGUAGGCUUGUAUCACUCGAGAUGGGAAAGAUACUUCCUGAAGGAAUUGGGGAGGUUCAGGUAAACUAAAUGUCAAUAAGCUCUGG